CAGGUGGGAUUGUGGUCAAGCACUGGCUUAUAAUAAGUAAAAAAAAAUGGUUUCUAGUAACUAAUCAAAUUAGAGGUAAAGAAGAGAGCUUAAGCAAUUAAUUUAAAAUCUUUGACGAUAGAGGAAAGGCACUAAAUAAUUCAAAUUCUUAUUACAAGGGGCACACUGAAAUGAUCGGGAAUAAGAAAAACCACAUGCACGGUAUAGCUAAAUUGUAUUUUAUUGUUUUUCGAAGUAUUCUCCGUUCACUUUAUGCACUUUUCCAUUCGUGCAAACCAAUCAUUAAAACAGUAAUUCCAGUCUGAAGUUGAUGUUGACAAAAUGGCUGAUUUGUACGCUUCCACAGCUGCUUCGGGGUCUUCAAACCGUUGACCGCGUAAUAAAUCUGUCAUUCUAGGGAAUGUAAAGAAAUCGUUUGGGCUCAGGUCAGUACUGUACGGAGGAUGGCUCAUCAGCUCAACGUUUUCCUGCUUCUAAAAAUCAUUUGUCUUCCGAGCCGUAUGGGAGCUCGCAUUAUCGUGAUGUAAGAUGAUGCGACGUUUCGGGUUAUUUUUUCGGAGUGAGGAUACCAUUUCUGGCAAACAAACCGUGAUAUACCACUCAGCGGUAACCGUUCUGCUUUCCUGUAAAAGAAUUAUAGUAACAUGCCCUUUUUUCGAGAUAAACGUUGCAACCAUUUUCUUUGACACGCUGCGAGAGCGAACCACUUUCGUUUGUUUGACCUCGUCUUGGAAAACCCAAACUGCUGACUAAUGUUUUCUUUCAGGUUCGUAUGAAUAAAUCCAUGAUUCGUCACCUGAGACGAUAUUAUAGACGGCAUUUGACUUCCCUCCGUUGAAGCUUAGCAGAGUAUUCCGGCACCAUCUACACGAGCCGCCUUUUGCUCUCCAGCGGGAAACUAGCUUUCUUACACACAGCUCAUUAUGUAAUAUCGACUGAAUUGCAGUCAUUCCGAUACUGAUAACAGCCCAAAUCUGAUCGUAUUUCACAUGACGGUCAUUUAAUAUAAUAGUUCGCACAGCUGCGAUGUUUUCAGGCGUGACCGCUGUUCUUGGUCGACCUGCAGAAGAAACAGUGCUGAGCGACACACGACCGCGUCGGAACUCGGCAUACCAGCGGUAUAUAGUCGUUUGACUCGGUGCUUCAACAUCAUAAAUCGAAACAAGUUCGCUGAGACAUUUAUCUUGAGAUAAGCCGCGAUGAAAAUUGUGAUAAAUUACGGCACGGAAAUGUUCACGCGUGAGCUCCAUUUCUGUUAACGACGUAUCAACUUUAAACCAACAUAGUUUUUGUUUUUAAACAUAUUUUUUUUUUAUUUUUUGAAUGUCAUUAAGAUUGUAAUUAAUAAUUGUAAGGAUUCAAAUUCUAAAAAACGUUUUAUUGUAACUCAAUCCGAAAUAUUCUAUUCCCGAUCAUUUCAGUUUGCCACUCGUAUAACAAUCUAUUUCUUUACAAGUAAAAUGCUUGCGGCACUUGCUCUCUUAUUUCUUGCUCUAUUAUAUAAAUUAGUGAUUUAUGAGAAAUAUUAUAUAAAAUAUAUUCUGUCAAUAAGUGAUGUUUGCAAAAAAUGGCUUAACGACCCCUCGGUUCUUGCGCCAGAGGUUUUCACCGGUGGGCCAAUCAGUGUGCCUAGUGCGAGUUCCACAAAAUAAUUCGAAUGACUUCACCAUCGCGUUAACCGAGUUAACGCCAUACCUAUCGACAAGUGAAGACAAGCGAGUGUGUGUUACAAUCGAAGCUAACCUUUCGAUUCGCGUUUACUCACCGUGAAUCGCGUUCGUUCCUUCUCUUAUGUUGGUAACACGUUAGCGUCGUGAAAUAAACUAACCAAGUUUAGGAUGACAUAGUUACUUAGUCGUCUUAAUAUUAGAAGCUGUCUAUCAAAGUUGUGGUUAUUAUAGCAUCUUUCAUAUACUUUGACAGUUUGUUUGUUGUGAACUUACGAUUAUUGAAAAUAUUAAAUUAUAAUUAUAAGUAAAAAAAUAUGAAGACUAGUUCGUCCCAAUUCGAUUUGAUGGUGACAAUUAUGGAGCAGUAAGUUGAAUUUAAUUUAUUUAGUGUUUAGGGAACAUAUUAAUAUGUUGUUGUAUAUUUUGUAACUAAGUUUAUUGGUUUUAGGCAUGGAGAUCUCAGCAAACCAUCCAAUAAUGCAAGAGGUAGGAUGGCUUGUAUAAAAAACUGGGAGGAAUUAGCUCAAUUUUUGAAUAGUGAUGGUAGUGGUGAUACAAAAAGUACUGAGAAAUGGAAGAAGGUUCUCAAUCUUGGAACGACCCAGGGCAAUCAACACAACCUCAUGUUGCCAAGAAAGUCAACCAGGGCCUGCUUUGUCGGGGCAAACUACACCUUGCCGUGCAAGACCAAUUCGUACUCGAGGAUCACCUCGAAGACGAGUGAGGCCAGCACACACAAAGCAGGCAGCACAAGGGACUCCGGUUCUCUACACUCACCAUAUGAAACACAGCAGUGUUAGGCUGCUAUUUUACGCUGGUAUUCUGUGAGAGCGUGGUCCUUCCCCGGUCGAGCCGACCUAUUCGUGCUACAACUAUACUACUAUUAUAGCUGUAGCAUGGCUCUACAAAAUAAUUUAGAUUACUUUUCUGUUCUGUUUCAAUGUUCUUGUAAUUAUUAAAUUAUUGUAUUAAGUUGUAAUUGUAAUUAUUUAAUUAAAUUUGUGAUAAAAUUUAAGGCUGGUUAUAAAUAAAAGAAAGAUUUAAGCUUAUUCAAAUUUAUUUAUUUAAUCCCUAUAGUAACCUUCUUGCUAAUUGAUCUCUUAAUAUUCUACCUUGAAUUAAAUCAGAGGUAGGUUCUCUUUCUGUGUAACUUAUUUGAUCAGAUUCCACCAUUCUUUCAAAUUGCAGACCUAAAAAUAAAUCAUAAUUAAUAAGUUUACUGUUUAUAAGUUAGCUUAAUAUAUUAUAGUAAUUCAAUUUAAAAUUAAGAUACCUACCUAUAUUUUCCUCUGUAUCCUCAACACCAAAAUUAAUAAUUAUGUUAUGUAACACAGAGCAUGCUAAAAUAAUGUGUGCACAUUUUACGGGCUUGUAGUGCAAAACUCUAUCCUUGUGCAGACAUCGUCAUCGAUUUUUCAGCCUUGAAAAUGUGUUCUCAAUAACAACUUGAGCUCUCAUGUGUUUUUCAUUAUAAUUAUUGGACUCAGUGUCUAAAAUGGUGUCAUAAGCCAUGGGCGUUGGGGAUAUCCACAAUCUCCUAGAGUUAAAAUAUACAUGUUAUUGUCAAUAAUAUAGAUAGAAAUUAUUUAGUAAUGUUUUACUUAAAAAUACUUCAUAUAACUCAAAACAUCCCAAUAAGUUAUACUGUGGAUAUAUUACCUAAAAGCCAGACAAUUUCUCCAUUUUGGUGCAAAGAUUGCAUGUAUGUGUUUAAAUUACUGUUUUCCCAUAUAAAGGAAUCAUGAUUAGCACCUCCAAACUUGGAAUUCACAUUUAAAAUUCUAUAUUCAUCAUCACAUACCUGAAAAGAAGACAUUUUGUUUAUUUUCUACCCCUUUUUAACCAAGGAAAAAUAAAAAAACUUAAUAUUUACCAUUUGAACAUUAAGUGAAUGGUAGUGCUUACAACUAUAAUACAAAUGUUCCUCUUCUUUUGGUGGGGCAACUAUUUUAAAAUGACUUCCAUCAAUACAACCUACCACUCCAGGGAUUUCAUAUUUUCUGUAAAAACUGAAUUUUAAAAUAAAUAUUAACUGAAUCUAAUGAUUAAUUUGCAUUAGAUUGUUUAAAAAUAAGCAUAUAUUUAUUAUCGUUGACUAACUGCUUGUCUAGCAGCUGGAGUAUCAGGGAACCGAAUAUAUUUAUUUAUUAUAUUUUUGUGUGUCAGCGCUGGGUAACUUCUUCUAUGUGCACACUACACAUUAUUUGAGACGUGUGCUUUGUAACCCCAACUGGCAUUUGGUAGGAUCCAGUUGCAAAAAAGAAUAGAGCAGUGAGCACCUGCAAUUAAAAAGAGAACAAACUUAUAUUUAAACUUGCACUUGUUUUAAACUUGAGUUGCAAAAAUGUGAAUACUUUAAUGAUCGAUACAUACUUUAUGUUCCAAGGAAACGCGUUGAGAGGACCUAAGAUUUGUCAAACUCCUUAGCUCUUUACACAAAAACUUGAAGACUUUCUUGGAAAUGCGAUAUAUAUCUUUAAAGUGCCUCCCCGUGAGGUGUAACAAAGGGUUCAAAGAUGCACGAGUUCUUCUUUCAACAUUGGCUUUAUAAUUGCGCUCAUCUUGUGCCUUAGCGGCUGUAAACAUCCUCCAUGCGAAAAAAAACGUCCUGCCAUAAUUAAAUAUUGUUCACACAAACCGAAAUAAAAUUAAACCUUCAACAAUCGUUCUCACUAUGCUUUCUCACUGUCAAAAUGUAGGUGAAAACUUUUUCGAUAUCGACCGCGUAAACUUUAUAAAAAUUGGAACUCGCACUCGCAAAAUUCUUGAAACAACCAAUCACGUGCGUUUACGUUCUCGCUGUCGAAUGCGAGUGAAUGCUCGAAUCGAUCGAUCGAGCAGCUCGAUGGUCGAUAUCGACGACGUAAUAAACUCGCACUCAUGAACUGUGAUUCCGAUUAUUGCCACUAGUUGGCGCUGAUUUUAUUCCAUACAAAUUGUAGUUAACUUUCUCGCUAUCGAGCGCGUAAAAAAACUCGCACUAGGCACACAGGCCCUGGACAUAAUGCAUAGAAGAAUGAAAGGAUUCAGAAUGUGAAAUUAUUUUACGGUUUUUACUUUUUAUUAAAAGAAAUUGUUUUGCUAACCUUCUAUUUAUUCAAAUAAACUAUUAAUAAAUAGCUAAUUGUUAUUAC